GAAGUACCAAAUGCCUUUGAAGAUCCUCCUGGACUCGAUGCGUGCCAUUCGCUUCGCCAAUUUCAGCGAUGUGAUCGUCGUGGUGGGUGGGGCGGAUUCAGAUCGAAUUUACACCGACAACGACAUGGUCUACAUCGAGACGCCCUUCGAAAACUAUGAUUUGACGGGGCUAUCGAUGCUGUGGCACUAUAGACAACACCCCUACGUCUUGGCCAAUGUCUACCUCUACCUGCUGGACACCAGCACAGUAGGUGCUGGCUUUCCUGAAAAAUUUCGCUCGCUGGGGAACGUCGAGCAGCAGGAGUAUCGCGCCGUGAACCGUCCAGCCUCCAAUAUCUGUGCCUUCGGGCGAGGUGUUUUGGAGAAGUUCAAGACCAACUUCGAUGAACAGCUCUCAAAGGAUGAAGGUCUGCAGUUCGAAUUUGGCCAAAGUCCCAAAGGGGUGAAGCAAAUCGAAGCCUUUGCGCAAAAGGUGACGGAACUUCGACCCCGCGUUGAUCAUGGUGAACCGGUGGAUAUCUACCAGACAGGACAUCCGCGGAGGGUCUACUGGUACCCAGACUUUGAUAUCCUCAAAUAUAUCUUCAUUGGCGGCAACGGCGAUGUCACCGGUACCAUCAGCCAGUUGAAAUGCUGUCCACUUCUGCAGGCGUUGCACCGCAAGAAAAAACAUCACAAGGCGAAGAAGGCGAAGAAGGCGAAGAAGCAUUGAUUUGUUCAGGAUGGGAGAAUUGAAAUCACAACCGCUGAGAAAUUGCCUCAGAAAUGUGGCAGAGGAAAAUUGGAGGGUGCCCUGCCUGGGUUGGCUGAUCUGUUGCUGG